CCUCCUUCCCCCUCUCCCCCUCCUUCCCCCUCUCCCCCUCCUUCCCCCUCUCCCCCUCCUUCCCCCUCUCCCCCUCCUUCCCCCUCUCCCCCUCCUUCCCCCUCUCCCCCUCCUUCCCCCUCUCCCCCUCCUUCCCCCUCUCCCCCUCCUUCCCCCUCUCCCCCUCCUUCCCCCUCUCCCCCUCCUUCCCCCUCUCCCCCUCCUUCCCCCUCUCCCCCUCCUUCCCCCUCUCCCCCUCCUUCCCCCUCGCCCCCUCCUUCCCCCUCGCCCCCUCCUUCCCCCUCGCCCCCUCCUUCCCCCUCGCCCCCUCCUUCCCCCUCGCCCCCUCCUUCCCCCUCUCCCCCUCCUUCCCCCUCUCCCCCUCCUUCCCCCUCUCCCCCUCCUUCCCCCUCUCCCCCUCCUUCCCCCUCUCCCCCUCCUUCCCCCUCUCCCCCUCCUUCCCCCUCUCCCCCUCCUUCCCCCUCUCCCCCUCCUUCCCCCUCUCCCCCUCCUUCCCCCUCUCCCCCUCCUUCCCCCUCUCCCCCUCCUUCCCCCUCUCCCCCUCCUUCCCCCUCUCCCCCUCCUUCCCCCUCUCCCCCUCCUUCCCCCUCUCCCCCUCCUUCCCCCUCUCCCCCUCCUUCCCCCUCUCCCCCUCCUUCCCCCUCUCCCCCUCCUUCCCCCUCUCCCCCUCCUUCCCCCUCUCCCCCUCCUUCCCCCUCUCCCCCUCCUUCCCCCUCUCCCCCUCCUUCCCCCUCUCCCCCUCCUUCCCCCUCUCCCCCUCCUUCCCCCUCUCCCCCUCCUUCCCCCUCUCCCCCUCCUUCCCCCUCUCCCCCUCCUUCCCCCUCUCCCCCUCCUCCCCCUCCUUCCCCCUCUCCCCCUCCUUCCCCCUCUCCCCCUCCCCCUCCUUCCCCCUCCUCCCCCUCUCCCCCUCCUUCCCCCUCUCCCCCUCCUUCCCCCUCUCCCCCUCCUUCCCCCUCUCCCCCUCCUUCCCCCUCUCCCCCUCCUUCCCCCUCUCCCCCUCCUUCCCCCUCUCCCCCUCCUUCCCCCUCUCCCCCUCCUUCCCCCUCUCCCCCUCCUUCCCCCUCUCCCCCUCCUUCCCCCUCUCCCCCUCCUUCCCCCUCUCCCCCUCCUUCCCCCUCUCCCCCUCCUUCCCCCUCUCCCCCUCCUUCCCCCUCUCCCCCUCCUUCCCCCUCUCCCCCUCCUUCCCCCUCUCCCCCUCCUUCCCCCUCUCCCCCUCCUUCCCCCUCUCCCCCUCCUUCCCCCUCUCCCCCUCCUUCCCCCUCUCCCCCUCCUUCCCCCUCUCCCCCUCCUUCCCCCUCUCCCCCUCCUUCCCCCUCUCCCCCUCCUUCCCCCUCUCCCCCUCCUUCCCCCUCUCCCCCUCCUUCCCCCUCUCCCCCUCCUUCCCCCUCUCCCCCUCCUUCCCCCUCUCCCCCUCCUUCCCCCUCUCCCCCUCCUUCCCCCUCUCCCCCUCCUUCCCCCUCUCCCCCUCCUUCCCCCUCUCCCCCUCCUUCCCCCUCUCCCCCUCCUUCCCCC